CUGGGCUCACAGGAUUCCCAGAAGCAACAGGCUGUGGAACACGGGGAAAAGGGAGACAAAGCUGGAGGCCAAACUCAACUGCAGAGAAGCAGCCUGGCCCACUCUGCAGGGGGGAGACUGAUGGCAACCUUCGAGGAGCAGACGGCGUGCGUGGUGCAGGCCUUGUUCUCUGAUCUCUUUGAUGACGACGAUGAGACCGACUGCCGGAGUCUGGAGACUGACUCAGGUGGGCCUGCACAGUCUGCAGGAGGACCACCCCUCACAUUCGACACAAGGGUGGUCGCCAGCCGCCUGCGGCAGAUGGGGGACCAAUGCAACCUGGAUUUUGAAAGAGUCUCCUCAGAGCCUCUGGCUGAAGUGCUUCAGGGGAAGGUGGAGAAGUUUGGUGCCGCCGUGGAAUCUCUCAUCAGGAGGUGGAAUGACCAGAACCCUGAGCUGGUCUAUGAAAGAGCUUUUCUCUGUGUUUGUGUGAAAUUAGUAAGGCUUGUUGGUGAGAAAGUCCCAGGCAUGCUGGAUCCCAGCCUACUCAUAAGAGAGAUCAAUGGAAAUUCUCAAGUGAGAAACUACAUUGAGGCCCACGGUGGAUGGGUAAGGAUGUGA